UGGACGUAGGCGAUGUUAUCUCACAGUGCUUCGUCGGCCGUCGUUGAAUUUAAGAAAUUUGAUCUGAGGUGGAUGUCAUGCGGCGUACACCUGGGAUAGCCAAGGAGUUAACGUAAUUCACGUGUCUGUAAUUCAGGACACGUCGGCAUCUCAGCACGUCGACGUCCCGCGUGACAUGUGAUGUGCGUUAUUGCCUUGUGAGACAACUAUCUUUGCGAUUCUCCCGCGAGAUCAGGAUGCCAGAAAGAAUCGAGAUUGGUGUUAUUCCAAAUAAUUUGAGGCACGAAGAGACUAUAGUUCAAAUAACAGAAGCUCUAGACAAUCUAGGAAAUGCUGUCUCAUAUAUAUUUGAUUGCAUUGACAGGAGGCUUUCAGAGAACACACAAAGAUUGACCAACAUUAAAGAAAGAGCCAGGAAGCUGGAGGACAGAUUGCACUAUUUACAAACUAAUUUAAAUCUGAAAGCAGUAAAAAUGUAUUCUGCUGCUAAGUACCCGGCUAAUCAUACUUACAAGGAGUAUCAAAUGACCAUACCGCCACAGCGCGAGCAUACCGCUGCUAUACCAAGCAUUUACAAAUGUUCCGUGCCUAUAAAAGAUAUCCCCGAAGCAUAUUUAUCUUCUAAUUGCAAGACGGAGGACGGCCAAUAUGCCGCGAACGUCAGCCUCCAAGAAAAGCUCCAAUUUUAUCACGUACGAUCAAAGCCUAGCAAAAAAGAUAACCUUGAGGAUGAUGUAGAACCAUUCCCACCACAAUUAUCCUCAGUUAGUGCCCUCCUACUGUUCGAUAGUAUGGAUAGCCCAUAUGAAAAAACGUCCAUGCGAUCGUCACGUCAAUCUGUCGAUAAGCAGCAAAUUGAGGACGCUCCGGAUUCGAUUGUACAACCGUGGCUUUCGUCAGAAAUGGACGCGUCUUCCAGUUAUUUGUAUACUCCGACUCUUGGAGAGGUUCCUCAAAUUAAUGUACCGUUAAUGCUCCCAGAUCUACCUGGCAUUGUGGAUGAUGAGAAAUUUGUCCUCGAUCUUAACUCUCAAAGUCCUAUCGCACCAUCAUCUGCGGUCACGACGCCUACCGUUCGUUUAGAUCUACCGACACCAAUCAGUGAUGAGAGAGACUCUCAGUCGAAGAUUGAAGAUAGUGCUCCACACUUACCUGUUCUAACUGAAGCCAUAACUGCACCAUCACCUGCGCCGCCUCCUCCACCACCUCCUACGGUCACGAUAAAUGCAGAUAGUGCUGCGAACAACGAAAAAAUCAAUUUUCAAGUUAUGGUACCUCCUCCGCCACCACCACCGCCGCCACCACCGCCACCGCCACCGAUUGCAGAACCGGCCGUGCCUACGUCAAAUGAUAGUUCGAAGAAAAAGGACAAAACACCAAACCGUCCGCCUGCGACAACUAUAACGGAUGAUCGUUCUAAUUUGAUGGCGGCGAUACGAGACGCUGGCGGAAUAGGCAGAGCGAAAUUGAGGCCUACUGUACCGGACGAAAAGAAGCGUGAUCGGUGGUCUUCGGCUUCGGUAGGAGGUGAUUUGAUGGCGGAUCUACAUGCAAAAUUAGCGUUGAGACGUAAAGGUAUCGCUGGUUCUACGGUAGGCGCUUUGGAGAGAAUGUCAAGCUUAAUACCGCCUCCUCCAAAACCGACUGAAGCGUCUGCAUCGGACAGAAAUUCCGCCACCAGCGAAUAUGACUCUCAACCUGAUACGGAUGAUUGGGAAGAGUGAUCACUACUGCUGCUAUAAUUGAUAGAAGAACAGCGUGCUAUUGUGUAUUAUUAUGUAAAUUAUCAUAACAAAUGAAGAGACUCAGGGGAAUUUUUUAUUGGAUAAAUUCAAUGAAGUACAUGAGGAUAGAAUCAUAAUAUACAGAUCUAGUUACAUCAUUUCUUUAUUCAGAUCUAAAAACUAUUGGAUUUGUUAAAUUUUA